AUGGUGGACCGCGAGCAACUGGUGCAGAAGGCCAGGCUGGCCGAGCAGGCUGAACGAUAUGACGAUAUGGCAGCUGCCAUGAAGUCGGUGACAGAGCUGAACGAGGCCCUCUCCAACGAAGAGAGGAAUCUGCUCUCCGUAGCCUACAAAAACGUGGUUGGCGCGAGGCGUUCGUCCUGGCGCGUAAUCUCUAGCAUCGAGCAGAAGACGUCCGCUGACGGCAACGAGAAGAAGAUCGAGAUGGUGCGGGCCUACCGGGAAAAAAUCGAGAAAGAGCUGGAGACGGUUUGCCAGGACGUGCUCAACCUCCUGGACAACUUCCUGAUCAAGAAUUGCAAUGAGACGCAGCACGAGAGCAAGGUCUUCUAUCUCAAGAUGAAGGGCGACUACUACCGCUACUUGGCUGAGGUGGCCACCGGCGAGAAGCGAGCCGCCGUGGUGGAGUCCUCCGAGAAGUCGUACAGCGAGGCCCACGAGAUCAGCAAGGAGCACAUGCAGCCUACUCACCCCAUUCGCCUGGGCUUGGCUCUCAACUACUCCGUCUUCUACUACGAGAUCCAGAACGCCCCCGAGCAGGCGUGUCACCUGGCCAAGACGGCCUUCGACGACGCCAUCGCCGAGCUGGACACCCUCAACGAGGACUCUUACAAAGACUCCACUCUCAUCAUGCAGCUGCUACGAGACAACUUAACGCUGUGGACGAGCGACCAGCAGGACGACGAGGGAGGCGAGGGCAACAACUAA